GCCUAAUGUUUUUUUCUGCCUUUUUGGCAGCUAAUCUAUGCGUCUGCGUAUGAUCACACCAUACUGUCUCUGUGGGACGUGAUGUGCAGCAGCAAUAGACAGUUAGAGUCUCUGCUAGUUAAAGCUUGAACAAAAUUACUAGAAAUAUGCUCAGGGUACACAGCAUAAAUUCUGCUUGUGAGCUUGCCGCCCUGAGCUCAUGGAUUUUUCUUCCACUGACUGAUUUCUGCUGAUCCUGGGAUCGAGCCAUCUUGCUGCUUGUUUGUAGCUGUUGCCACCACCCUUGUUCCAGCGAUGGCAGCUUCCAGCAGCAGCAGCAGCGAGGAGGAGCGUAGCCUUCGAGAAUGUGAACUCUAUGUCCAAAAACACAACAUCCAGCAACUGCUGAAGGAUUGCAUCGUGCAGCUGUGCACYGUGCGGCCUGAAAGACCCAUGGGAUUCCUCAGGGAAUACUUUGAAAGGCUGGAGAAGGAGGAAACAAAACAGUUGUUGAAUCAACAGAAGUCUGGUUCGCGCUCGGACUCCCGGGAGGAUGAAAUCUCUCCUCCUCCUCCUAUGAACCCCGUGGUUAAGGGCCGAAGAAGGCGUGGGGCCAUCAGUGCAGAGGUCUAUACAGAAGAGGAUGCCGCGUCUUACGUUAGAAAGGUUAUUCCAAAGGAUUAUAAGACUAUGGCUGCUUUGGCAAAAGCUAUUGAGAAGAAUGUGCUCUUUGCCCAUCUUGAUGAUAAUGAGAGAAGUGACAUCUUUGAUGCGAUGUUCCCCGUCACCUACAUUGCAGGCGAGACCGUGAUACAGCAAGGUGAUGAAGGUGACAACUUCUAUGUUGUUGAUCAAGGAGAAAUGGAUGUUUAUGUGAACAACGAAUGGGCAACUGGUGUUGGCGAAGGUGGCAGCUUUGGAGAGCUCGCCCUAAUCUAUGGAACCCCCCGAGCUGCCACGGUCAAAGCAAAGACCAACGUGAAGCUGUGGGGCAUUGACCGAGACAGCUACAGAAGGAUCCUGAUGGGAAGUACUUUAAGAAAGAGAAAAAUGUACGAGGAAUUCCUUAGUAAAGUAUCUAUACUGGAAUCCUUGGACAAGUGGGAGCGUCUCACCGUAGCUGAUGCAUUGGAACCGGUACAGUUUGAGGAUGGGCAGAAGAUUGUGGUCCAGGGAGAGCCAGGGGAUGAGUUCUUCAUUAUCCUGGAGGGCACAGCUGCAGUGUUACAGCGUCGAUCAGAAAAUGAAGAGUUUGUUGAAGUGGGCAGACUGGCACCUUCUGAUUAUUUUGGGGAAAUAGCCCUGCUGAUGAACCGUCCUCGUGCUGCCACGGUUGUUGCUCGAGGGCUGUUGAAAUGCGUCAAGCUCGACCGACCCCGAUUCGAACGCGUCCUGGGCCCCUGCUCGGAUAUUCUCAAACGAAACAUCCAGCAGUACAACAGUUUUGUAUCACUGUCUGUCUGAAAUCCUCCUCGCUGUCAAACACGCUUCACAAAUGCAGACUGCUUUAUUACCCUCGUGCAGAGCCACGUUACCACUGGCAUUUGCAGCUUCCUGUCCGUUUUAAAAAGAAAGAAAAAAAAAAAAAGGCUUUUCAUGGCACUAUUUUUAAUUUAGAGCAUAUUAGUUCUGUGCUCUCUGUCCCAUUAUAUAAAUAGGGAAAAAAUCUAUGGAGAAUUUUGCUGUUACAGCUUCUCUCUGUGCAACAUAGCGUCCAACUCUGGCAAACGCAGCCUUGCUUUAGUGAGGGGGGAGAUCUCCUGACAUCUUGCCAAUUGCCAUAGAGUAAGGAGGUAAGAGUGGGAAAACUUUAAGGUGUUUCUCGAAUUGUUGGACGUAUUUUAAGGCUAUGGUCAUAAUCUGCUGUAUUUCUCCUCAAUUGAGAACUGUCCUUGUAACUGAAUUUCUUGGGGUUUGGGUUCUUUUGAAUUUUGGGGGUACUGUAACCUGGGGCUCAAUCAAUGAGGCAUCAGCUGCUAAAGAAAAGCCACAGUUGGAAUUUAACAGUAUCUUUGUUCCUGUGUCUGCUGGUUUAAGAUUGCUUGGUUACGUUUUUGUCACGUGUAAAGCAAACAAAGCUUUCAAGGUUAUAGUUCUGGUGAUCUCCUGGAGUUGUUACUUGAUUUGCUGACUUGCCACAACUAUUUUUUUUUUAAAUUCAGCUGUAGAUUUGCCAUUUAAAAUUUUUCCUCUUCAAAGUGGCAAGAACCAAAUGUUGCAUUAAAUGCCUAACUGUGGUCUCUAGUACAUAAACUGGUGUAAGAAUAGCACAGCUAUCCAGCUGGUGUUAAUAGUCAAAUACUAGAUUGGUGCAGAAAUUGGAAGCAUAUGUUUUGUUUUCCCUGUGACUCCUGCUUGCAUAUUCCUCAGUUGAUAUUUUUUUUAAUGAGCUUCAGUUCAGCUUACCCUUUCCUACCACAUAARAAAAGAUUUAAGUAUUUAUGGCCAGCAGAAUCAAUUGUUGGAGGAGGCUAUUGCUGGUGCAUUUAGACACCAUUAUGUGAGGCAGAAAAGGUGAAUGUUACAACUUUGCAGCAACACGCAGUUGUUUUAAGUAUGUUUUUUAAAUCAAUGAAUUUAUAAUUUUUAAACUUGUUGAUUAUAAAUCUAGUCUAAAUACAAAGGUGCAUUUGUUCCUUGCGAAUCGAAUUUACAGGACACGGAUACUUCAUCCUUGCUCUCUUUUCCAAGUCCGRUAUGUUGCCGAGUCUUAAAUGUCCUUAAGUAUUUCCCAGCUCUGUGUUGCAUUACUCUGUGAGCACCAAUACUUCCCCAAAGUUUUUACGGAAUUCCACRGUUCAAUAACAAUAGGCAAUUUUUAGGGUUUCCUUUAAAAUGUAAUUUAUAUCAAGUAGUGUAGGUUUGUAUUUGGGAGUGACAGCAAGCAGUUUUGCAUUUGUUGUGCAACGACUUCUAACAAUGGAGCCCUUGUUUGCUUUCUUUUCCAGGGUGAUACUGAUACAAAUUCAACAGUUUUUUUUCCUCUCAGGCUUGUAGAUGAUUAAAGAGAGUCUGCUAAUUGAUGCAAAACAACACGGAGGACGUGAGGCCUUUACGAAAGGUUUUAGGGUGUUUCUGACUAUGAAAUCCCACUUGUGGAAUUUCAGUGCUUACAUGGUGCAAGUUCUCUAUUCUGAAAAUGUUGAGUAGAGGAUUUCAGCCAGAGCCUGUAGUGAAUGAGCAAAUGCUACUUUUUUUUCCUUUUUUUUGUGAAACAAUUUUCUUCAGUUUUGACUAUCAAGAUUUUUUUCUUCACAUGUUCUUUAUGUUACUUUAAAGCACCAAAAACUCUGUGAACUAGUUAGAGCUCCACAAAAAAUGCACAUUUUUUUAUAAUAAGGCUUUCUAAUCAAGUUUCACUACUGCAUCUUUUUAGCUUGCUGAUUACUCCCUUUUGUAGUUUUACCUACAAGAUUUUAAGAUAAAUCAGCUAAGUCUGAGUUAAAUAUUAAUCACAGUUAUAGCU